UUCUGAUUCAUUCUCUCCCAAUUCUCUAAAACCUUUCUCUCAUGGAGGAACGACUAUAGCUUGCGGGGAUAAUAUAGCUUUAAGGCAAAUAUUGGCAGAUGCAAAAAUCCUAACAUCUGGACAGUGUUAACAGAAUCCCGGAGGGAGGCCCGGACAAACCAGAAGCCACUCGUUCUAGGAAUGUUAAAGUAGAAGUGUUUUUUUCCCCCCGACUGAUGAGAGGAGCAGAGAGGAAGGAGAAAGAGAAGGAGAAAGAAACAAAAAUAAAAAAAUAAGAUUCCAUAUUUCUGUUUCUUCUCAUUUUUGGAAAUUCAUAGUUGACAGACAUUUGAAACUCAUUUCCCUUCACCCUGAUACUUCUAGCAACACAAACUUAUUCUUGUCUCCUGAAACUUGCAUGUCAAGGAUGACUGUUCAACUAACUCAAAGAAGUGUGCUUUCUCUGCUGCUUUUCCUAACUCCAGCAGUGAUACCAACAUGGUAUGCAGGCUCAGGCUACUAUCCAGAUGAAAGCCACAAUGAAGUAUAUACAGAAGAGGUUCCAUGGACGCGCACCCUAGACUAUCGAGUCCCUCGAUGGUGUUAUACAUUAAAUAUCCAGGAUGGAGAAGCCACAUGCUAUUCACCAAGGGGAAGAAAUUAUCAUAGCAGUCUAGGCACACGUUGUGAGCUUUCCUGUGACCGAGGAUUUCGAUUGAUUGGGCAGAGGUCGGUGCAAUGCUUACCAAGCCGGCGAUGGUCUGGAACUGCCUACUGCAGACAGAUGAGGUGCCAUGUGCUGCCAUUCAUCACUAGUGGCACCUACACCUGCACAAAUGGAGUGCUUCUUGACUCCCGCUGUGAUUACAGCUGUUCCAGUGGCUACCACCUAGAAGGUGACCGUAGCCGAAUCUGCAUGGAAGAUGGGCGAUGGAGUGGAGGCGAGCCUGUAUGUGUAGACAUAGAUCCCCCCAAGAUCCGUUGUCCACACUCACGUGAGAAGAUGGCAGAGCCAGAGAAACUGACUGCUCGAGUAUACUGGGACCCACCCUUGGUGAAAGAUUCUGCUGAUGGUACCAUCACUAGGGUGACACUUCGGGGACCAGAGCCUGGCUCUCAUUUUCCUGAAGGAGAGCAUGUGAUUCGUUAUACUGCCUAUGACCAAGCCUACAACCGGGCCAGCUGCAAGUUCAUUGUAAAAGUACAAGUGAGACGCUGCCCAGUUCUGAAACCACCACAGCAUGGUUACAUCACCUGCACCUCAGCUGGGGACAACUAUGGUGCCACUUGUGAAUAUCACUGUGAUGGUGGUUAUGAGCGACAAGGCACAUCAUCCCGGGUCUGCCAGUCUAGUCGUCAGUGGUCAGGAUCACCACCUAUCUGUACUCCUAUGAAGAUUAAUGUCAAUGUCAACUCAGCUGCUGGUCUCCUAGAUCAGUUCUAUGAGAAACAGCGACUCCUCAUCAUCUCAGCUCCUGAUCCCUCCAACCGAUAUUAUAAAAUGCAGAUCUCUAUGCUGCAGCAAUCUACCUGUGGACUGGACCUGCGGCAUGUGACCAUCAUUGAACUGGUGGGACAGCCACCUCAGGAGGUGGGGCGCAUCCGGGAACAACAGCUGUCACCCAGUAUCAUCGAGGAACUCAGGCAAUUUCAGCACCUCACUCGCUCCUAUUUCAACAUGGUGUUGAUUGACAAGCAAGGUAUUGACCGGGAACGCUACAUGGAACCUGUCACUCCUGAGGAAAUCUUCACAUUCAUUGAUGACUACCUGUUGAGCAACCAAGAGCUGACACGGCGCCAGGAGCAAAGGGAUGUGUGCGAAUGAACUUGAGACAGGGAGUGUUUGAGGUCAAGGAAAAAGCUGCCCUAGUUAGCCAAACUUAGGCCUAAUGAAAAGAGGAAAUGGUUUUCCAUGGUGCUCGGGACAAAACUCUGCGGUGGGCGAGGUUUGCCAAACUUGUGAUAUUUCUAGGCACCAUUUUAAGGCUAAUAGUUUCCCCAAGGAUGUGUCUACUUCAGGUAGCACUGGAGGAGCAAGAGAACCCAGGUAUGGGCUGAGACAGGUCCUGGGCAGUAGGUUGUGGUUAGAAGGUCUUCUUUUCCCAACUGGGGCCUCUCCCUAGCUCUGAAGUCUUUCAGAUAAGUAAAUCCUAAAUCCACUCA